CUCCGCAGCACUAGCUCUGUCUUGCUCUCCACUUACAGUGACAUCACUGGAGUUUCCCUUCAGCUUGAGCAGCUGCUAGAGCAUAAAUACUACGGGCCGCCUGGCAGAGGUUCACUCUAACACACACAAAGACAAGCACCAGCAGAGACACAGCUAUCAGCCAGGCAGCAGAGAUUAGAGCAUGAUGGGAUACGUAGCCACAACAGGUGAUGUAGAGGCUGGUGCUGAGGAGAGCUCGGAGGUGCUGGUGGAGAAGAAAUCCUCCACUGGGUGGAUGUGGAAGGGAUUUGGAAUCCUCCUGAUAGUGGCUCUUUGUGUAGCAGGGGCCCGACUGUUUGUCUGGUACAGGGAUGAAAGACCAGAGCCCACGUCUCUCCCAGAAGCAGUUGUUUCAUCACAUUCUGCUGAGAAAACAGGGACCCACUCCACCCUGAAACAAAUGAUCAAGAAAGCCAAAGCAGCCAUCCAUCUGGAAGGAGGUUAUGAAGAUGGCGAAAGUUCGGAGCUGAUGUGGAGCCACGAGCAGGGCCAGGCUUUCACUCAGGGGGGCUUCCGCCUGGACCAGAACCAGAUCAUCAUCCCACAGAGCGGCCUGUACUUCGUCUACAGCCAGGCAUCAUUCCGGGUGUCCUGCAACAGCAACGAGGCGGGGCCCGCGGGCCGCUCCAUGCCUCUCAGCCACAGAAUCUGGCGCUUGUCAGAUUCCAUCGGAACCAAAGUGUCCCUCAUGAGCGCCGUAAGGUCGGCGUGUCAAAACGUGCAGGAAGAUGGUGUACAGUCUGGUCAGAGCUGCUACAGUGCCAUUUACCUGGGCGCUGUGUUUCAGCUGAACAAAGGUGACCAUCUGUGGACGGAAACCAACCAGCUGUCGGACCUGGAGACGGACGAGGGGAAGACUUUCUUUGGUGUGUUUGCACUUUGACCUCCUGCUCUAAUCCUAAAGAACAAAAUGUGAGCAGGCCUUUGAAAAAAAUAAGCACAUUUUUACCUUUUAUUCAUCCUAAAGGUGACGUAAAAAUGUUCAAAUCUCAAUGGAGAUAAAGCCACGAUGAGUUCUGAAACUUUAUAAACUGUAACAGUUUAAAACUUUAUUUCCAUGUUUGGCACUUUUUAAACUUUAUUUAUGCUGAUCUCAGAUUGUUGUCAAAGAAACGUUUUCUGCUGUAGCAGAUGAGCACAUUUAUUUACUAUUUACAACAUAUAUGUAUUUAUUUGUAUUUAUUUGUAUUUAAGUCAAUAAAACUUGUUGUGAAAAUUUCAAUGUGAUACUUUGCGCUUAAUGAAAUGUCUGAAAAUCACAGAAAACUAAAGAUGCACAGAUGCU